CUAAACAAGCAAAGUGGCCUGCAUUUGGUCGCUGGUUUGGCGAGGGACAUGAGGGGGCUAUCUUCCUUAACUUCCAGGGCUUCACCUGCAAUCAGGAAGCUACCUGAAGAAGCUUGCAAUAAGAAGAAACUUCAGAGGGACACCCCAUCAAAGGCCAAAUCUAAGAAAGUCACUAAUCAAGCACGUUCAAACAACUUUGGAGCUCUUUCAAGAGGUAACCGUUCUCCACUAAACUCUCAGUUGAGGAAUCCCAAGUCGGUUUACAUUUCGAAGUCUCCCAUUCCAGUUGAUAAACGCACAUUGAGUGCUAAAAAGAUUGAUCACCAAUACGUUUCUCAGUCUUUAUCGAGAAAGGACUGGUUUUUACUGCUAAGCCACGAGGUCAAGGCGAGGAGGAUAAUUUUGAAUCCUCAGUCUGUAGUGAGUGUCUUGCAAAAUCAAGAAAACCCGUUACACGCUUUGAAGUUUUAUAUCUGGGUGUCGAAUAUCGACCCGUUAUUCGCAAAGAAUCAAUCGGUUCGAGGUGUCUUAGCUAACACCCUUUACCGGAAAGGUCCGGUUGUUCUGUCUGUUGAAUUGCUUCAGGACAUUAGAACUUCUGGUUGUUGUAUAACAGAAGACCUGCUUUGUGUAUUGAUUGGUAGUUGGGGAAGAUUGGGGUUGGCAAAAUAUUGUGCUGAAGUUUUUGGCCAAAUUUCAUUUUUGGGUCUUAGUCCAACCACAAGGUUGUAUAAUGCGGUGAUAGAUGCAUUGGUGAAAGCCAAUUCGCUUGACUUGGCGUAUCUGAAGUUCCAACAGAUGACGGCUGAUAAUUGCAAUCCUGAUAGGUUCACAUAUAAUAUCCUAAUUCAUGGAGUUUGCAAGAUUGGUGUGGUGGAUGAGGCACUUCGUUUGGUCAAACAGAUGGAGGUCUUGGGGUAUUCACCGAAUGUGUUCACGUAUACAAUAUUGAUUGAUGGAUUUUGUAAUGCCAAAAGGGUUGAUGAAGCCUUCGGGCUUUUAGAGACGAUGAUGGAGAGGAAUGUGAGUCCAAGUGAAGCUACUAUUAGGUCAUUGGUUCACGGGGUGUUUCGUUGUGUAGCCCCUAAUAAGGCUUUUCAGUUAUUAUCAAGAUUUGUGGAGAGAAAGCCUGCCUUGUGUAAAUUAGCUUAUAAUACUAUACUGUAUUGUCUCUCGAAUAACUCUAUGGCGAGAGAGGCUGCCAGGUUUUUAAAAGAUUGUGGAGCAAAAGGUUAUUUGCCUGACAGUUCAAUGUUUAAUAUCACGAUGGCUUGUCUGAUAAAGGGAUUAGAUUUGAAUGAGACGUGUGAGGUAUUUAGAAGUUUUAUAGACCGAGGCGUGAAGCCAGGGUUUAGUACUUAUCUUGCCAUAAUUGAAUCUACAUACAAGGUGGGAAGAAGUGAGGAUGGGAAUCGUUUUUUGGAUCAAAUGGUCAAGGAUGGACUUGUGUCCAAUGUCUUUUCUUAUAACAUGGUAAUUGAUUGCUUCUGUAAAGCCAAUAAGAUGGACAGGGCAUCUGAGACUUUCAAAGACAUGCAGCAUAGAGGAAUUGCUCCAACCCUUGUAACUUACAAUACCCUUAUUAGUGGGUAUUGCAAGGAGAGAGAGGUAGGUAAGGCGCGAGAACUGUUGGUGAUGCUUUUAGAACAUGGUUUUAAGCCUGAUCUCUUCACAUUUAGUUCAAUAAUAGAUGGCCUUUGUCGAGUACACAAAGUUGUUGAUGCUUUUGAUUGUUUCGCCGAAAUGGUUGAGUGGGGUAUCCCUCCAAAUGCAGUCACAUACAAUAUUUUGAUCCGCUCUUUGUGUGUCACUGGCGAUGUUUCUAGAUCAAUGAAACUUUUAAGAAAUAUGCAAGCCAACGGAAUAAGACCAGAUACCUUCUCGUUCAAUGCUCUUAUUCAAAGUUCUUGCAAGCUGAAUGAGGUUGAGAAAGCUGAGAACCUUUUUGCUUCCAUGACGAGACUAGGUUUGAAUCCUGACAAUUGUACAUACAGUGCUUUGAUCAAGGCAUUGUGCAAAUGCGGGAGAUUACUUGAAGCUAAAGAGAUGUUUCAUUCCAUGGAAGCAAAUGGUUGUGUUCCUGAUUCUUAUACAUGUAAUUUAAUUUUGUAAGCUCUGGUUCUGCUGGCCCACUUUGAAGAGGCUCGGAAUUUGGUAAAGAUAUGUAGUGAGAAAGGAAUUUCUUUGAAAUCCAAUCCCAACUUGUAGGACUGGGCUAUUACGCUUAAAUCUGGCUGCUUUGGUGAUGGCUGAAACAAUUUGGGAACUGCUUUCUAGGUCUGGUGUCAUUGGAGGAGAAUAAUGUUGUAGAUUUGUAGAUCAUACUUCUAAGAUAAUCGAGUUUGGUGUCUGAUACUAUACCAUUUCAUAGAGAUUAUCAGUUCUGCAUCUGAAAGAGAGAACAAGAUAUAAGAUAAGAUUGUUACUGGUACUAGAUGAGCUUGAAUCAUUGAAGCCAGAAUUCCAAGUUCCAUCGUCCGGUGGAUUAACUGAACAAUGCCCAUCCUGGAGCUAGAUUGUCUCGACUUAAUGGUCCAGAAUCUGCUUCAUUUGGUUUGGAGACAUCUUCUUUGGAGUGUGCCUGCUGUCAAUAAAAAUUCUUACUCGAUUGUUGAUAUUAAGCGGGUAUACAUCAAACGGCUGCUCCUCUGAUAGUAUGUGAAAUUGGUAACUGAUAAUUGGAGUGCUACUCUUCUAGUGCUUUGGAAGCUUUCUUCAGUUUCUUUCUUUAUUUCUUCAACAUGGUGUCUCAGUCACAAUGUUGUUUUGUCAGAAUGUUCUUUGUAUCUUGUAUGGAGUUGUAGGGAGUUUCAUUUUUGUCAUAUAUCUUCAGUCAAUGAUGUUAAAGUCCAAAUCUUAUAUUCUGCACAUGUGCUCUUACCCUUAAUUUAAUUUAAUUCUAUUUCCAA